AUGGACACAUUCCGCUCACCUGCCAUGGUGGCGGAGACCACUAAUAAGUUCAAGCCAUCUCCGAGAAGAACGCAGACGACGGACCUGUUUUCGACCGCCACCGCAGAAUCACGCAAGGCUCUUGAACCUCCCAAACCCCCUCCACCACGGAACUCUGGAGAGUUUAGACGGCCGCCUCCCGCUCCUACACCUGCACAGCCGCGCAAAGUAUCGCAGCCGUACAGCUACGACUCGGACGAUACCGACACCGCAAACGAGAAGGCAGGUGCUGCUCUGACCGAUUAUCCAGACUCCUCACAAGCCAAUCGCCGACCGCCCGUCUUUGAUGCCGGAACUUCGUUGAUUCCAACAGGCUACGAGACCAAGUUAUUCGCGAUAUGUGGCGAAUACAUAUGUACGACCGGUUACGUGACCAACGUAUGGAAUGUGCUAAAUGGCAGGCUUCUCAUGAGCAUCAGUCACGGUGAUACGGUGAAAGCUACUGCGGUCGCAUUUCGGCCUGCAAAAGAAGUGGAAGACGAAGGCAAACGUCUUUGGCUUGGCAUGAACACUGGCGAGAUGCACGAGAUCGACAUCCCGACUCAAAGUGUUGUUUGUACGAAGAGCUCUGCACACAAAGGCGCUCCCGUUGUGAAGAUAUUCCGCUACUCAUCCGAAAUGUGGUCGUUGGACGACGAAGCUUUUGCCCGGGAAUUGCGCGUUUACAAACGGACUGGCGACGGCAACUAUUUCCAAGAACUGACACAAGGAGGCUUAUCACAAUUGAACGUAGGCGACGUCACUUCGGGCGCCAUCCUGAGCAGCCAACCGGACCGUGUCUAUUUUGGACAUAAUGAUGGGAAAAUCACGGUUUAUGCCAAAAAGGGCUUUGAGUGCCUGGGCGUAAUAAACGUGAGCCUAUACAAAAUUAGCUCUCUGGUGGGUGUUGGCGACUAUUUGUGGGCUGGGUAUAGCACAGGCAUGGUCUAUGUCUACGACUUAAGUUCUACGCCUUGGAAAGUGAUGAAGGACUGGAAGGCCCAUGAAAAGGUCAUAUUCGGGAUCUUAGCCGAUAGGACAAGUAUCUGGAAGUUGGAUCGCCUUCAGGUCGCGACAUUGGGCUCUGACAACAUCCUGCGCAUUUGGGAUGGCAUGAUGAAGGAGGAUUGGCAUGAAACUCAAAUGCAGCAGCGUGACUCCGAGUACUGCGAAUUCAGAGAAUUGACAGCCAAGGUUAUGACCUGGAAUGCCGGCGCAUCCAAACCCACUGAGCUAAGACAUAAUGAGCAAGAUCAAAACUUCUUCCGGGAGCUGCUACAACCCGAAGAUCCUCCGGAUAUUCUUGUAUUCGGUUUCCAGGAGCUGGUAGACCUGGAGAACAAGAAGAUCACAGCCAAGAGCUUCUUCAAGAAGAAAAAGUCGAAAGAAGCGAACGAACAGGAACACAUGUCCCAUCAGUACCGAGCGUGGCGCGACCAUCUCAUUCGUGUCCUGGAUGAAUUCUGUCCCCGUCAAAACUACACCUUACUCCACACAGCAAACCUGGUGGGCCUCUUCACCUGCAUCUUUGUAAAGGGUUCCGAACGCACCAAGAUCCGCGAUGUCAGCGCUGCUGAAAUCAAACUUGGCUUCAGCGGCCGUGUGGGAAACAAGGGCGCAUUGGUAGUCCGUUUCCUAAUCGACGAUUCAUCUCUAUGCUUUAUCAACUGCCAUCUAGCGGCUGGACAGUCGCAGACACAACACAGAAACAAUGAUGCGGCCUCAAUUAUGGAAGCAGCGCCUUUGCCGCGAAAUCGGUCUCCAAAAGAUUGCACGAACUUCUUCGUUGGCGGCGGCGACGGCUCCAUGAUACUCGAUCACGAGAUAUGUAUCCUCAACGGCGACCUUAAUUACCGCAUCGAUUCCAUGACGCGCGAUUCGGUCGUUUCCGCAGUGAAACAGGGCAACCUCGCUAAACUCCUCGAACGCGAUCAGCUCCUGCUAUCUCGCAAGCGGAACCCUGGACUAAGACUGCGCGCCUUCAACGAAGCGCCCAUCACCUUCGCGCCCACUUACAAGUACGACGUUGGAACCGAUACAUAUGACACUUCCGAGAAGAAGCGCUCGCCUGCGUGGUGCGAUAGGGUGCUUUACCGCGGUUUGGGCAAGAUCAAACAAACUGAGUACCGCAGGCAUGACUGCGUCAAGGUCUCAGAUCACAGGCCUGUGAGCGGGAAAUUCAAGUUGAGGGUCAAGACUAUCAAUACGAAGAUGCAGACGGCAGUGGGCGAUAAAGUAGAGGUAGAAUUUGAGGCCGUGAAGAGGAGGAUCGCGGGAGAUAUCAAGCUCGAUUACCUUAUUAAUGUGUUUGGAUUAAGUGCUAAGGAGGCACAAAAGCUAUUGCAAGGAGCGUAG